AUGGAUGCCACUAGCAAGCCCCACAAGAUCCCCCCAGUGAUGGCUCUUUAUGCCGAGAGGCACAACAUCUUCCAGCUCAUGCAGGGCCUGGCGGAAGCCCUCCUGUUGCAGCAGCCUCCCGAACCCAUUAACUUCAUGAUCGAUCACCUGAAGAAAGACAACGAUGAGGUGCCCAGGGUCUUCAUCAUGGGACCCCCUGCCUCUGGGAAGACAACCAUCGCUCGCUGGAUCUGCAAGCAUCUCAGUGCGACCUACCUUUGCCCCCAGCAGCUCGUGUCGCUGAAGCUGCUCAAGCGUUCCCGCGAGGCCAUGGCCUACCAAGCCAACGAGCAGGUGGUUCCUGAUCACCUGUGGGCCUCCCUUUUGGAGGAGCGCUUGAAUGAUGUGGAUUGUGUGAAGCUGGGGUGGGUGUUGGAUGGCUUUCCGGAGACCAGGAAGCAGGCCCUGCGGCUCCAGUCCGUAGGCAUCGCGCCUCGGCACGUCAUAGUACUCCACGCCCCGGACAUGGUGCUGGUGGAGCGGAACCUGGGCAAGCUGAUUGACCCCGUCACCCAAGAGGUGUACCACACCACUUUUGACUGGCCAAUAGACUUCACCGUGCAGAAGCGCCUGGUGAGGCCAGAGGGCAUCUCGGAGCAGGCCACCGCCAAGCGGAUCCUGGAGAGCCACCGCAACAUCCCGGGCCUCCUCCAGACCUACCAGACGAACCACAAGGCCAUCAACGCCGACCAGCCUUGUGUGGAUGUCUUUGCCCAGGCUCUGAGCUUUGUGCAGAGCCGUCCGCACUCGGAAGCCCCCUUCGUCCCCCGGGUGUUGCUCCUGGGCCCACCGGGCAGCGGCAAAAGCUUGCAGGCAGCUCUGCUGAACCAGAAGUACGGGCUGGUGAACAUCUCCUUUGGGGACCUGCUGCGGGAGAAGGUGGCUGCAGGCACACCGUUGGGCGACCUGAUCAAGCCCUCCUUCGAAAGCGGCUACCCAGUGAGCGACAGCAUCGUCCUGCAUGUCCUCAAGGACCGGCUGACCCAGGAUGACUGCCUGACCUAUGGCUGGGUGCUCCACGGCUUCCCCCGCGAUGCGGACCAAGCCGAUAUCAUCAAGCACACGGGCUACGAGCCCAACCGGGUCUUCCUCCUCAACUUGCCCAUCGAGGUGGCCAUGCAGCGUGUCUGCCAGCGUGCCACGGACCCCAUCUCGGGGGAGCGGUACCACACCAUCUUCAAGCCCCCUACGGAUGAGGAGGUGCACCGGCGCCUGCGACGCAACCCCAGGGACCGCCCUGAGCAGGUGGAGAGCAAGGCUGAUUUCUACAACCGCCAGGUGGCUGAGCUGGAGGAGUACUAUGAGGACUCCAUCUUCCUCAAUGCGGACCAAGACCCAUACACCAUCUUUGAGUACAUCGAGAGCUGCCUGGUCAAGCCGCUGCCAGUCACCGCUCUAUGAGCCGGGAGGGAGGGAGGGGUGGCCCAGGCUCUGGCCACCUGGGCCGAGAGAGCUGAGGUCUGU